AUGUGCACGAGGGCGACCCGCGCGUGGACGGACGGGGGGUUCGCGGCGUCCGGCGGCGCGCGCUGCCCCCCUGCUGGCGGGCACGCAAGGGAGGUCUCGGGGAGCGCGUCGGCGGACCGCAACGGAAGCGCGCGUCGCAGGGAUCGCGGCACGAGCAGGCCGUCCGACGACCUCCUGGGGCUGUCCCAGGCGGAGCUCGCAGCCAGCACCGCGCGAGACCUCCUGGAGCUGGCGCGCGACGAGUUCUCCAAGCGGCCGCCAGAGAGCGAGGAAGUCGACCGCGUCCUCCAGGAGAUCGGCGUGAGGGACCCCGUCACGAUGCUCGAGUCGCUGUACCGCGGCGACCCGACCUUCCUGCGCCUCGGCCGCGGCAACGGCGCCCUCCUCGUGGACACCUUCAUGCGCCUGAGGCCCGACGCGCUGCGGACGAGCGAGCCCGAGAGCGACGGCGACGGCGACGACGACCCGCGCGCGGACGCGCAGGCUGCCGCGAGCGCGGACGAGGCGGCCGGCGCGGCGGGUGUUGACGAGCAGGACGAAGAGGACCUGCCCGGGUCGCGGCUCGACGAGUUCGGGCGCGCGUCCGCCGUGGGCACGCGGAAGACGGCGGCGGCGCGCGCGUGCAUCUACCCCGUCGGCACUGGCAAGAUCACCGUCAACGGCAAGCCGCUGGACGUGUACCUGCCGAGCAUGCGCGCGCGCCGGCGGCUGAUCUGGCCGCUGUACGUCACGGGCCAGCUGUGCGCGGUCGACGUGGAGCUGACGGCGCAGGGCGGGGGGCGCAUCGGACAGGCCGAGGCCGGGCGGCUGGCGCUCGCACGCGCCCUCAAGGACCUGGACCCCCGGCACGGCCCCGUGCUGCGCGCGUGGAGGCUGCUCACGUUGGACCGGCGGCAGGUGGAGCGCAAGAAGCCAACGCGGAAGAGCGCGCGCACAGCCAAGCAGUGGUCCAAGCGCUAG